GUGAGUGUUCUGGUUCAGGCACUUCUGGUGGUUAGCAUUAGCUGCGCCGCGGACCAUGGGAACUUUCGCAAGAAGCUACUCCUGGCAUUUGCUUGGAUUGGCAGCUUUUCGGUCAUGUGCUACAUCUUCAUUUCCAAGGAGACGUAUAUUUUCGGCGCCAUCUUGACCAUCAUCUCGAACACAUCCUUUGGCGCCUCGUUCGUCCUCCUAAACUCAUUCCUGCCCCUCCUGGUGCGCUACCAUCCCGAGGUCAUUGAGGCGAAUGUUGCCAGCACGCCUGACUUUGGGGCUUCUGGGCUCGAGUCGAGGUCACUCGGCGACUCGGUAGGUGAUCUAGAAGGUUCUGACGUGACCUCAACGUCGCCCUUGCUAUCGGAUGCCGGGGAUCAUUUGAAGCCUACUGCAAGCCACUCGGAAAUCACUUCCAAGGAGCUUGAACUAUCCACGCGCAUCUCUGCAAUCGGAAUCGGGACCGGGUACAUUGCAGCACUCUUCUUACAAUGUGUCGCCAUUGCCAUUCUCAUUGCUAUGGGAAAUUCCACAUGGGGUCAGAGGGUUGUUCUGUGCUUGGUGGGGGUCUGGUGGACCGUCUUCACAAUUCCCGCUGCAUUGUGGUUGCGACCUCGACCUGGACCGCCUCUUGUUGGCACUGGCAAGAAAGAUGCGCUGGCCGGGUUCGCAUAUAUUCUCCAUGCAUGGAAGUCCCUCUUCAAGACGGUUCAGCUGGCGAGACGUCUACUGGAUAUUGUGCUAUUCCUUGCGGGAUGGUUUCUUUUGUCCGAUGCAAUUGCAACAACAUCAUCCACUGCGAUUCUCUUCGCAAAGACCCAACUUCACAUGAAGCCAUGGGCUCUGGGAAUGAUCAACGUUAUCUCGACACUUUUCGGGGUGCUUGGCGCCUUCGGGUGGUCGUGGAUCUCACGGAUAUUCAACCUGCAACCUCACCACACUAUACUUGUUUGCAUUGCCCUGUUCGAGCUCAUUCCUAUCUACGGAUUGCUGGGAUACCUCCCAUUUGUUCGAGAUUGGGGUGUCAUCGGACUUCAGCAGCCAUGGGAAAUGUAUCCCCUGGCAGCAGUGUACGGAUUCGUGCUAGGCGGCUUGAGCGGAUACUGUCGCUCUCUGUACGGCGAGCUCAUCCCCCCGGGCUCAGAGGCAGCGUUUUAUGCGCUGUAUGCCAUCACCGACAAAGGCUCCAGUGUGUUUGGCCCAACAAUUGUCGGGGCCAUCAUAGACAGGACUGGGAGUAUCCGGCCCGCCUUCUGGUUCCUGGCUGCCCUAGUGGGCUUCCCUGCGCCAAUGAUCUGGUUUAUCGACGUUGAGCGAGGGAAGCGUGAAGGAGCAAAGCUGGCUGAAACAAUCGAAGGUUUCCCCACCCCAGAAGAGAAUGGUGACGACGAUGAACCGGAAUCACGCGGCAUGCUAGCUGACUACGAAGAGGGAGAUGGUCGUGGUGCUACCAAUGGGCGUGCAGAGAACUGAGACCUGACUUGUCGGUGACAUCUUUAUGUCUUGAUAUUGCUGCAUAGCGACGGCGUUUAGUUAGGCUGCAUUAUUUGGGUGGGGUUUGAUAUUCGGAGACUUUGGUUGGUUUUGGAGGAUGCAAGGGUUCUGGGACAAAGGCUUCAUGCUAAUAGGCUUGAUAAAUGGCUGCUGCCUGGUCUUAGGUCGUCAGUCACAUACACCGUUAGGAUGUUUGGCUGUUGUAAUUAUUUUGGACGUUGUGCUUUUCAUCCAUCCGCGAUUGCGAGCGAUUUGGGCUUUGCUAUUUACCGUUGGCCCCAUUUCUAAGCGUCGACGAGGAGGCGACGCGUUGGCUGGGCCAAGCCGGCCAUAUCACGUGA